UUUUUUUAAUAAGCUACCGAGAUGCUCAGCUGAGACGCGAUCUUCACCAAUAAAAUAGUCCUCCCUUGCCUACCUUCGACGGCCGGAGACCUCGAAGCUCUCCGCUCCCUGUCGGCGCUUACGUCGGUGGUUUCGGCGAUCUCCUUCGCAGAGCUGCACACCAUAAAUUCAACUCAACGAGAAGAUUCGUAUGGCUGGAUAUGUUCUUGGGGAUUCUUCAUUCAAUAGAACGGAAAGACAUGGACAGCUUAACACUUCUGAGGAGGAACUCGAUAAUUAUGGGGCCCGGUGGUACUUUUCAAGGAAGGAAAUUGAAGAAAAUUCUCCAUCAAGGAGGGAUGGCAUUGAUCUGAAGAAAGAGGCGUAUUUUCGGAAGACUUAUUGCACUUUUUUGCAGGAUUUGGGCAUGAGGCUUAAAGUGCCUCAGGUGACAAUAGCUACUGCAAUAGUAUUUUGUCAUCGCUUUUUCCUUCGCCAAUCACAUUCAAAGAGUGACAGGAUGACAAUUGCAACGGUUUGCAUGUUCCUUGCUGGAAAGGUUGAAGAAACUCCUCGCCCCCUGAAAGAUGUGAUCCUUAUUUCAUAUGAGAUUAUUCAUAAAAAGGACCCGUCUACUGUCCAGAGAAUUAAGCAGAAGGAAGUGUAUGAACAACAGAAAGAGCUCAUCUUAUUGGGGGAAAGGCUUGUUCUUGCUACUCUUGGUUUUGAUCUGAAUUUACUCCAUCCAUAUAAACCGCUUGUAGAAGCAAUUAAAAAAUUCAAGGUGGCACAACAUGCUCUUGCUCAAGUGGCUUGGAAUUUUGUCAAUGACGGGUUGCGGACAUCUUUGUUCUUGCAGUUUAAGCCCCACCAGAUCGCCGCCGGUGCCAUCUUUCUGGCCGCCAAGUUUCUUAAAGUGAAGUUGCCAUCCGAUGGUGAGAAGGUUUGGUGGCAAGAAUUUGAUGUUACACCAAGGCAGCUUGAAGAUGUCAGCAAUCAAAUGCUGGAGCUUUACGAGCAAAAUCGCACAGCCCAACCAUCUCAUGGUAAUGAAGCUGAGAGCAGCAGUGGUGCUGGAACUGUUAAUCCUCCGGCGGCAUCCUUAACCACCGGCAAGAAUUCAGCACCAGUAAAUGCCAGGGAAGGAGCUCAAAUUCUUCAAAAUAGGCCCUUAGGGACACAGCAGGUGAAUCUGGAUGGUCAGCAGACGCAAAAUAACAGCACUGAACAUGGAAGCGCUUCCGCCUGGGACCAUCUUAGAGAUGGUGAUGGGAAAGAAACCCUAAACUAUGAAGCUGGGCCGGUUUCUCAGUUCAGGGAAACAGCCCUUGGUGGGGUAAUUGGCGACAAGGCCAAUGCUGUGGAAGCCAUGACAAAGAUUGACAAGGACAAAGUAAAAGCAGCUCUGGAAAAAAGGCGAAAGCUACAACGAAAUGUCGUGUCCAAGAAGAAUGUUGUUGUCGACGACGAUGAUCUGAUCGAAAGAGAGCUCGAGAAUGGAAUCGAAUUGGCUGCGGAAGAUAAGAUACGGAAGGAAGAGAGAGAUAGCUGGCCGAAACCUCUCCGUCGGCUAGAGCAGCUGCCGCCUUCUCAGGGAAGGUCAAAACAAAAAUCUUCAAGUACAGAAGAUGGAAAGUUUGAUGGCCAGCUUCAUGAAGAGAAUACCGAGGAAGGCGAGCUUUCCUCCCUCGACGAGCACGACUUCCCUUUUCCUAAGCUGCAGAGCAGCAAUGGAAAAGUUUCAGGUGUUAAGAGAAGACCAGACGAGAAGGGAUGGUCAGAUUUUUCAGAAAGAGACCUCAAAAGAAUGAGAUGAGAAACUUCUUUUUACUACUCUUAUGGGGAGGAGUUCAAAUAUUUCAGCUAUGUAUUUGCCUGUGCUAAAUAGAGAGCCGAGCUAUGGAGCAAAUCUCGUAACCAAACUGAUCAGUUCAGGAGAGGCUGUUGCUUCACAAGAAAUUGAGGUACUUCAUUCAGAUUUCCUGCUGACUUUUAUGCUUUAUUAAAUCGGGCCUUUUAAGUACAAAUUUUUCAUAUUUUUAACGUUUUUAUUGAACAUUGUGGAUCUCUAUUUGUGAAAUUUUGCUAUUAAAUGUAGUGAUAAUUUUGAAAUAGGUAACUGUUGUCAUGGACUGGAACUUUUAAUAUUAUGAUUGAGCUUUAUACUUCA